GAGGUAUUGGAGCAGCAGGAUUUCUUUAGCUGAGAAGCCAUCAGAUUUCUUUAGCUGAGAAGGAAGACAGAGGUCAGCAUGCUCGGCCUUCUUCUGCUGCUGCUGCUCUGCGGCCUGGGGUCUCAAGGCUUCCCAGCAAGGUCUUUUAAAAUGCCAAAGGAUGCUGAGCAGAUGGUCCAGCAAUACUUGGAGAACUACUAUGACCUGAAGAGUGUUGGGGAACAAAUUGGACAAAUUGGAAGGCAGAGAAAGGGUAGCCUCGUGGUUGAAAAACUGAAACAAAUGCAAAAAUUCUUUGGGCUGAAAGUGACUGGGAAACCAGAUGCUGAAACCCUGAAGAUGAUGCAGCAGGCCAGAUGUGGGGUGCCAGAUGUGGCUGCAUAUGUCCUCACUCAGGGGAACCCUCGGUGGGAGCAAACACAGCUGACCUAUAGGAUUGAAAAUUACACACCAGAUUUGUCAAGAGCAGAUGUGGACCAUGCCAUUGAGAAAGCCUUUCAACUCUGGAGUGCUGUCACACCCCUAACUUUCUCCAAGGUCUCUGAGGGUUUAGCAGACAUCAUGAUAUCCUUUACCAGGGGAGAUCAUGGUGACAACAGUCCCUUUUAUGGACCUGAAGGCGACCUUGCUCAUGCUUUUCAGCCAGGCCCACAUAUUGGAGGGGAUAUUCACUUUGAUGAAGAUGAAACAUGGACCAAUGAUCUCAGACAUUACAACUUGUUUUAUGUUGCUGCUCAUGAACUGGGCCAUUCUCUUGGACUCUCUCAUUCUAAUGAUAUUGGGGCUUUGAUGUACCCCAACUACAACGUCAAUUCCUAUGAUGAUAUUCAACUCUCCCAGGAUGACAUCAAUGGUAUCCAGGCUAUAUAUGGACCCUCUAAGAAUCCCAGCCAGCCAACGGGCCGCCAAACCCCACAAAUGUGUGAUAGUAAGCUAACCUUUGAUGCUAUCACUACGCUUCGAGGAGAAGUGAUGUUCCUCAAAGACAGGUUCUACAUGCGCCCAGGUUCUCACUACUCAGAACCUGAGCUCCAUUACAUCAAUGUCUUCUGGCCAAAUCUGCCCAAUGGUCUUCAAGCUGCUUAUGAGUUUGCUGAUAGAGAUGAAAUCCGGUUUUUCAAAGGCAAUGAGUACUGGGCUGUUCGGGGGACAGAAAUGCUGCCCGGAUACCCCAGAAGCAUCCACAGAUCCUUUGGCUUCCCUAGAAGUGUGGAGAAUAUCGAUGCUGCUGUUUUUGAGGAAAAUACUGGGAAAACAUACUUCUUUGUUGCUGACAAGAUCUGGAGGUAUGAUGAAUACAAACAAUCCAUGGAUGCAGGUUAUCCCAAACAGAUAGCAGCUGACUUUCCUGGAAUUGGCAACCACGUUGAUGCGGUUUUCCAAAAAAAUGGAUUUCUCUACUUUUUCCGUGGAAGGAGGCAGUACAAAUUUGAUCCUAGAACGAAGAGAGUUUUGACUCUCCUGAAACCUAACAGCUGGUUCAACUGUAGAUAAAAUUGAUCGACUAUUUCAACAUAGAACAGAAAAAAAGUAUUUCAAGAGCACAAGGAAAGAAUUUUCCUGAAGAGCCAUAUAUAUAUAUUUUUUUUAAUUCAUAGCUAUUUAGUAUAAUUUAUCUAUAUCUGAUUCUGCAUGAUUUAGAAUGCAAUGCUUUGUGUACUUUUAUAACUUACUUCUACAAAUGAGUGCUAAGAAAGGUCAAGUUUCAUAGCUUAUCGAUACUUCAGGGCCAACUUUGCAAAGAGAGAAGCUCUUUUACGAAGUAUAUGACUCUGCAUUACAACUGGAAGCAGCCACGGUGAUGAAUGUCUCCUCCCAUGAAAGGAAGAGGCAGACAUCAGAGUCUACACCAGAGAUAAAGCAGUUUGAGAAAAAGUGCGCAGCCACUACUUACCAUCACCCUGAAAUGCCAGGGACAGCUUUCCUUACAGAAAAUAAAAUGUUUUUUGUUU